AUGAGAGCAUUUUUCACAAUUAACAUUAUGUUUGGAGUUAAACAGCUUCCUCGACUGUGUAACUAUUGGAGUCCCGAUGUAAGGUAUGGCGACCCAUGUAUUUCGAGCAUCAUGUCAAAGACGAGGUAUUCGAAAAUAUCUCAGUAUUUGCAUUUAACUGAUUCUGCCAAUGCCCCCAACAAAAACGACCUAAACUACGAUCCCCUGUACAAAGUACGUCCCGUGAUAAAUUUACUUGUAAAUAAUUAUAAAACUAUUUAUUUACCUGGGAAGUAUCUCAGUGUAGAUGAAGCCAUGAUAGGCUAUAAGGGUAGAGUACAUUUUUGGCAGUACAUGCCUGCCAAACCUACUAAAUUGGGGAUCAAGGUAUGGGAAGUUUGUGAAUCGUAG